AUAAAUAAAAAAAGAACCCUAGAAGCUGAAUCAUCGAAAACGCCCCCAAUGUUCCUAAAAGUUCUUUCUCCCUUCUAGGGAGAAUCGGACCGUUUAUUCUCUCCAUCCAACGGUUACCCUUAGUCGGCGACCGCCUUUUUCCCCAGUGGUUUUUAUCAUAAACCCUAGCCGUCUUCUCUCUGUCAGUUUGCUUGAAACUCUCUCACUCUCACCGAUUCUUCAUCAUACUUUCGGAUCUAAUCUUUGAAAUUCCUUUUUGGGUCUUCCUUCUUUGUUUUUCUCCGCUUCUUUUUCGGGGUUUUUCAUAGCCUAUGUAAAUGGAUCUCUUAUUUUUCUGUAUAUUUUAAAACUUUUUUUUCUCUCUUUUACCUUUUUUUUUUUUUUUUAUAGGAUUUGAAUCUAGAUUAUUGUAGAGAUAGUGUGUGUUUCCGUGAAAUUUUUUGUAUUUUCUUCUUGAUGUUGCAUGUUUCUUUGUUUGUUUUCGAUUUUUGAUUUUUAAUUUUUCCCCCUCUUCAAAAUCUUUGGCGCCAAGUCUCCAUUUUGAGUUCGAUUAUAUUUUGAAAAUUCCGAGUCAUCGUGUUUACAGACACUGAUUUUGACAAAUGGGUGGUUGUUAAACGCCGGCGAGUUUGUAUUUUUACGACCGCCGGUUCUGAAUCAAUUCGAAGAAGAAACAGAGGGCUGAUUGUUGGGUGGUUGGUGCUGUUGAUUCUUUAUAGCCGUACGGCAAUGCCGUCUGGGAUGAGAAGGACAAGAGUGUUUGGUUUGGUAAAGGGUAGUGAUGGAGCUAGAGUUUUGAGGUCUGGAAGACGGCUUUGGCCUGAAUCGGGUGAAGUGAAGCUUAAGAAGUCAAAAGAUGCUAGUGAUUGGUACCCUAUUAUUGACGGCAGAGGAAAUGGGGGUGGAAGUGGCCAUGGUAGGCUCCAUGGGAAGUGGACUCAAGUUCGAAAUGUCAAGCCAAAGAGGGUUGUCGUUGUUAACAUUCGUGAGGAUGAUGAUGCCUGUGUUGUGAAAGUUCCUGAACCAGUGAAGGUCUUUCCUAGGAUUGGUAACGAUGACAAGUCAAGUGGUGUGGAUAGAAUGUUUGGGAAAGUUUAUUCAAGGAAGAGGAAGAGGGGUCGUUUGGAAGAUGGGGAGGUUUUUGAUGAAAUGGAGAGUGAUAAUGUUCUGUCAGGGGAUAGGAUGUUCGGACUCCGGUUCAUUCGAAGACAGAGAUCGAGGAAGACUGAUGUUGAGCAUUGGGAGUCUACUGCAGGUGGCCGUACUUCUAAUCUGCAUUUCCAUAGGCAGAGGAUUUUGCACCCCCGUGAUUGUGCUCUUACAAUUUUUGCCGGGAGUAGUGUCGAUGGUGGCUGUUUUUCAGAUUUUAUACUCACGGUUCUUAGACAUUUCAAGAGUCCUGGCCUUAGUGUGGCCAAGUUUUCUGCAUUUUUGUUAUCUAAUCCAAUCAAUGAAGUUUUCGCUCUUAAGGGAAUGCGUUUCUUGCAGGGCUAUCCUCCAACGGGAUGUUGUGGCAUGUUUGCGAUUUUUGGGUCCAGGCAAUCCAUUCCAAUGUUUCAUUUGGAUUUUUCCGCCAUUCCUCUCCCUUUUAUGUUUUUGUAUUCCGAGAUGUUUCUUAGAGUAACUCGGAUUCAGGCUCGUCUUGUAUAUAAUAACAACCAGUUAGAUGUAGAUAUAAGUAGUGAUAGUGAAGAAGACAGCGUUGAAGAGCUACAUGUUCCCAGUCCUGUAAGUUCUUUGGAACGUAAACCCAUGGCCUUUUUAUUUGAUCGUCCUAAAACCCGAUCUGUCUCACAUCCAUCUGUUAGAGCUACAAGGUUAGGUACUCGGACCAUGCAAUACAGAAAUGGUUUCAGCUCUCGUGGUAUAAGGAAGAGGAGAAGUUCACUGAGAAUUAGGAGACCGAGGAGCCAUUCUCUUGCUGCUAUGCAAAAAAGUAUUGGACCUUUAGCAGUCGAUGAUGUGAAACUUGGUGUAUCUUUUCCUUCUGGAGCAUCUUGCAACAGGCACAAGAGCUCAGCUGUGAGAGAUUCUGCUGGGCGCAUCAGAGAAACUAAUUCUACUGCAUUGGGAUCAGCAAUGGAUGUUGACUCAUCAUGCUGCAAAGCAAAUAUAUUGAUAGUAGAAGCCGAUAAAUGUUUGAGAGAAGAGGGAGCCAAUAUUGUGUUAGAGUUCUCUGCAUCGUGUGAAUGGCUUCUAGUCGUGAAGAAAGAUGGUUCAACUAGAUACACCCACAAAGCCGAAAGAGUCAUGAAGCCCUCUUCUUGCAAUCGUUUUACACAUGCAAUAUUGUGGUCGAUAGAUAAUGGUUGGAAGCUAGAGUUUCCUAAUCGAAGGGAUUGGUUUAUUUUCAAGGACUUGUACAAGGAGUGUUCUGAUCGCAAUAUACCAUGUUUGAUUGCUAAAGCUAUUCCUGUCCCAAGAGUGUCUGAAGUUCCAGAUUAUGUUGAUAGUAGCGGUGCUUCUUUCCAAAGACCAGAUACGUACAUCUCUGUAAACGAUGAUGAGGUAUGUAGAGCGAUGACAAAAAGUACAGCGAACUACGACAUGGAUUCUGAAGAUGAGGAAUGGCUAAUCGAGUUUAAUGAUGGGCUUAUUGCAACAGACAAGCACCAAGAAUGUUUCUCAGAGGAUAAUUUUGAGUCGAUGGUUGAUGCUUUUGAGAAAGGAUUUUACUGUAAUCCUGAUGCCUUUUCUGACGAGAAAGCGCCUGCUGAUAUAUGCACGCCUCUCGCUAGCCCUUCGAUUGUAGAGUCUUUAUAUACUUAUUGGACAAAGAAACGGAAACAAAGAAAAUCAUCUCUGAUAAGGGUAUUCCAGGCUUAUCAAUCGAAGAGGAAACCUCCCCUGGUCCCUAAACCUAUGAUGCGGAGAAAAAGAUCACUCAAAAGGCAGCCUAGCCAAUCUGGGAGUGGUAGAACUCCCCAACCAAGUAUUUUGGAAGCCAUACUUUGGAGACGAGAUGCUGUGGAGGACCAGAAUGCUAUGCAGAAGUAUGAAGAAUCAAAGGCAGCAGUAGAGAAAUGCAUCGAAAACGCUGUUAGUAAGCGGCAAAGAGCACAAUUGCUGUUGGAGAAUGCAGAUUUGGCCGUCUACAAAGCAAUGUCAGCACUCAGAAUUGCGGAAGCAAUUGAAACAUCGGACUCUCCUGAAGCUGCUGCCACUGCUGCUGCUUGUUUUCUCGAAUGAAAUUUUACUUUCGAGGAUACAGCCACAUUCAAUUUUUCAUCUAAAUCCAUGGCUUCUGCUUUUUCUUUGUUUUAACUGAUAUUGUAUAGUAUUUCAUUAAUGUGUACAUUCCUAUUUUGUAUGUUUAGAUGAAUCUCUAUCACCCCAUUAUGUACAAUGAGAUGUCCUGAUUUUUCCCAGGUCGAAAAUAUACCCAACUUUGUGUACUUUAUAUAUCUUAUAUGAUAUGAUGAAUUACUCUUC